UUUAAAAAGCCACUCGCAGUGAAUAGUUUCACUUGAAGACCCACAGAAUAUCAUUAUUCAGCAAGGAUUUCUUCGGCCUCCAGUAAUGGCUCGUUUUAUAUUCCAGUUUCUAUUAGCAACUUUGAUUGUGACAAUAGCGAGUUCGGCAUCCUAUUCGCAUGAGGAAACUGAAACAAUCGAUUUUGACCUGUAUGACCAAACCGAUAGUAGUCUUACGAAAAGAUCUAUAGCGUCCAGUAUUUCUUCGGAGGACAAUUCUUCGCCGGAGGAGGAAAAGGAAAAAACUAAGAAAACUCUGGUUGUUGAAAGUUCCAUCGAUUCAGAUUCUGCGGAAGAGUCAUCACCAAAGGUAGAGAAAAUUCCCUUUCCUGAAUAUGGCUUUGAUUCGGGUUCUGUGGAAGAAUCAUCACCAAAGGCUGAGAAAACUCCAAAUGUUAAAAGUUCCAGUGACUCAGAUUCUGCCGAAGUAUCACAAAAAUCUGAGGAAGAAGUCUCCCAGACAAGACGUCGUCGUUCAACCAAUGAUGUGAGAUACAAAAACUUGGUAAACCUCGCCACAAUUUGUCCCACAAAGAAACUGGAAAACUUGGAACAGGGCUCUUUCCUAGAUGUCAAAAUCGAAAUUCGUGAUAUGUAUAAAAUUUGUAAAGAUUUGCCAAAUCGCCACCAUUAAUGUGAAGCUAAAAUUAGAAUUUAAAUAAACUUUGUGAACUUUGAAA